AUGGAGAUUGACACCCCGCUCUCGUUCACGCCCGCAGCCAAAAGCGCAGCAACCGUCCUCUGCGCAGACUGCGGCGCUCCCAUCGAUGGCACCCAGUCCGCCGGCGCUUUCUGCUACGAUUGCAUCAAGCUCAAGACCGAUGUCACCGGCGGCAUCCAGCGCGAAGCCACCCUCCACAUGUGCCGUGAUUGCGACCGGUGGCUCUCUCCGCCCAACUCUUGGGUCGUCGCCCAGCCCGAAUCUCGAGAACUUCUUGCGCUCUGCCUACGGAAGCUGCGAGGACUGAACAAGCUGCGCAUCAUCGACGCGAGCUUCAUAUGGACGGAACCUCACUCGAGGCGUAUAAAAGUCAAGAUCACGGUGCAGUCGGACCUGGGAGAUGGUGCCAUUAUGCAGCAGAGCUUCGAGGUGGAAUUCACGCAAAAUUACCACCAGUGCCCCGAUUGCCAAAAGAGCUAUACACACAACACCUGGCGAGCGUGCGUGCAGGUGCGACAAAAGGUGCCACACAAGAGGACGUUUUUGUACCUAGAGCAAGCUAUUCUCAAGCACGGCGCGCACAAGGAUGCCAUCAACAUCAAGGAGAUGCACGACGGCAUAGACUUUUUCUUUGCGCAGCGAAAUCAUGCUGAGGGAUUCGUGGACUUUUUGAAAGCAGUGGUGCCGGCCAACGUGAAGAAGAGCCAGGAGCUCAUCAGCAUGGACAUUCACACUUCGACCAAGAGCUUCAAAUUCUCCUACUCGGCAGAAAUCGUCCCAAUCUGCAAAGACGAUCUCGUCGUCCUUCCCAUACCUCUUGCGCGAAAGAUUGGUAACAUCUCGCCGCUCACACUUUGUCACAAGAUCGGAACGUCAAUAAAUCUGAUGGACCCUGCGACCCUCCAGACAGCCGAAGUGGACACUGGCGUCUAUUGGCGGACGCCUUUCCGCUCCCUUGCGGACGUGCAAGAGCUUGUAGAGUUCAUCGUGCUGGACAUCGAGCCUUUGGGACAACAAAAAGGACGCAACUUCCUCGCCGAGGCGACGGUAGCAAGGGCGAGCGACAUGGGCUCCAACGACAGCACGUACUACACGCGCACCCAUCUUGGUGGUAUCCUGCACGUGGGUGACUCUGUGCUGGGCUAUCACAUGACGGGCACAAACUUCAACAACGAGCUCUUUGACAAACUGGAAGACUCCAAAUUAGCCUCAACAAUACCCGAUGUCGUCCUCGUCAAGAAGCACUACACACGCAGCCAAAAGGCCAAGUCGAAGCGCAACUGGCGGCUCAAGCGCAUGGCCAGGGAGGAGUCGGAGAUGCUACCGAGGAAACAGGAUCAGGAGAAGAUGGAGCGUGACUUUGAACUGUUCCUGCGGGAUGUCGAGGAGGAUUCUGAGCUGCGUGCUGGUAUGCAACUCUACAAGCAGCAGCAGCAACAGCAACAGCAACAGCAGAACGCGGAUGCUAUGGAAGUGGAGGAGAGCGACGUGGACGAGGACGACGCAGGCCUGGCGAUACCAAUGGAGCAACUUCUGGACGACUUCGAGGACAUGACGAUGGCCGAGGAGUAA